AUGCAAGGGCGCCAGGAACGUGUGGAAACCCUCCUCAGUGCCGAGCAGUCGGCCUUGCUGUCACAGGAGCAGGCUCUCGAGCAGAUUGCUGCCCAGCAGGCCUCCCUCGCUCAGCAGCAGCAAGAGCUCAAGGAGCGCGAAGCAGAGGUGGAGCGGGAGAUCUCCAAGAAAGUCACCGGAUUGGGCACUUCUCUUGCUCAGGUGUCCGAAACGUCGUCGUCGAGCUCCGGCUUGCAGGUUGGCUUGCAGACGGUCAAGCACAUUGUCCAGAAGUCAGUGCUGUACCGCAUAAAGUCGCCACCGAGCAUGGGCUGUGGCGCUUCCGCUGGACCGCCGGUUCCACAGUCUCCUUCUGCUAGAUACAAGGAAGAGAAGGAGGAGGAUGUCUUCUCUGGGAAGGGGCCGAAGGCCGGGCUGUCGGCUGCGGCCAAGGCAAAGCGGAGUCUUGGCUUUAGCUUUUGCUUUUCCUUCCACCGAUCGUCUGAUGGUUCCGCGGGUCGGGCACGCGAUGUCGUUCCGCAUCGAGAGCAUCGUACCUCCAAGAAAGCUGGACCCAACAAGCCGGAGUCGCCAGCACUUUCCUAUGCUCUGUCACGAGCCGUGAUUGCUUUUGACUUGGACAGCUUUGCUGGCGUCACUCCUUUUCCCAAUGAGUUGUGGUCAAGAGUGGCGUCACAUCUGAGCUUCAUUGAGUUGUGUAAUUGCGAGAUGACGGCCAAAUGUGUUUGGAGUAGCUUGGCCAAGGAGAUGUGCCAGUGGCAACUGCUCUGUGCACUGCAUUUUCCUGCAAUGGCCCAGUCUGUCCUGCAGAAUCCAGUGAAGUGCUCUUUCCUCCUAUCGCCUUCUCUUCGGAGACCAGAGGAGGAAACUCAGUUGGCCAGCAUUGACUGGAAGAUGCUGUUCGCGCGACGAUGGCAGAAGCAACUUCGCUGGGAGGGCCGCGGUGCUCGGGCGAGCCAAGACCGCAUCUCUCGCUGUGCAGCCUGUGGGGAGACCCUCCGCGACGAACGAGCCGCAGACGAGUGCGCUGUUCACUCCGGCGACUUUUUGCCGCUGAAUACGGCGACCUGGAACCGCGCGGAGCUGCAGCAACUGCAAAUGUACGCUCAUGCAGCAUGGCGGAGUAUUGGGGGCACCGCUGCCAUUCGGCGGAGUGCAAGGAUGUAUCGAGGCGGCGGGCAUUGGGCCAAAGGAUUGAGCUUCAAGGGCUGGGGCUCUCAAGGCCACUGGGCGGAAGGAUUGGGUACACGCCCUGGCUCUUUGAAUCUGCGUGCAUGCAUUGUGGGUCACGUAGAGAAGGCCGCAGUGCUCUUAGUUGCCGGACCAAAGUGUCAAGCCAGGCAGCGUCGCAGCGUGCCCCUGCAGGCUGUGGAACCGGAUGCGGUAAGCUCCCAGUAUCUCACAGUUCUUCGGCGGCUUCGACCAGCUUGCCUUGUCACCUCAAGACAAACCUUCAUCUCCCUGAAAUCUCAAAAGAAGAAAGCUGCAGAGGCAAAGGACAUUGAGUGGCACAACAAGAACUGCCAGGAUGUGCAGUUCGAGAAAGUCAAGACCGUCAGAGAAGCCUAUCCGUUUGAUGAACGGAAAAGGAAGACCGUCCACAAGAGAGAGAAUGUUAGAUCUGGUGGCAUUGAUGACGUCCUAAAAGCGGACAACUGGGGUAGCGUGGAGAUCUCGGACAUAGGGCCAUUGCGGCUGCUGUGUGACAUGUGUGGUGUGCUCCUCGUGGACAUCUACACGAACCCCGAGAACCCUUUCUACGUGUGCCGCAACUGUCAAAGACAUGACCGGAAACUGGAGCUGUGUGUUCGGUGUUUCACGACGAAAGCGCAUCAUCAGGAAGUCGAGCCCAGCCCAAAGGCGAAGGCCAAAGGACUGGGAAGGAGUAGCACCCACGGCGGCGGCGGCAAGUCGGCCCCUUUGGGCAGAGCUGGGACGCUUUCCAUGGGUUCGGACUAUUCCUCAGAAGCCGCGGCCUCGUCCUCUCUGGAUGAUGCUCUGAAGAGCUUGCCGAGCGGCAGCUGGGAAGGUCAACUCUCCGAAGAAGGUGGGCGCAGACACGUCGAGUACCAGCUUCGCUUUAUGAAGACCGGCGUCGUCGUGGGCAAGGGCCCGAAUGGUUGCCAAGUGGAAGGGAAAUUCUUCUGGAACAGCAAGACCUACAAGCCCAGCAGCUCAGCUGAAACCCAUGACUGGGGAACAUUGAGCUUUUGUGCUGAUGUCGACCCCGCUUCGAAGCAGCUUGAUGGCAACUUUAAAGUGUCCGAUGGCGGCCAUGGUACUGCUUUGUUGAAGUACGUGCCGGAAAGCCACGGAGUGCCUUUGAAGGCGAUUGCUGCAGCUGUCCGAACCUGGAAAGAGCAGCUGAUCUCGGCAGCCGUCUACAUGGCCAUAAUUUGUGCCGCAGGUUGGCUGUACGGCCAGUUCUGCACGUACGAGUAUGCAAGCCUUCGGCAGGAGCCGAAAAUCUCUCGAGAUUCUUUCAGCUUCGGUCUGUGCGACGGAUGCAGAUGCGAUCCGGACCACCGAAUCUGCCUCUGGGCCUGCUGCUUCCUCCCGAUUCGAUGGGCGGACACGGCCAGCUCGCCGAAGGUCAACUUCAUGAGGUACUGGCCAGGUAUCUUGACAAUGACUUUGUUGUUCAGCCUGAUUAACCUUUCGUACGGAGUUACGGCGCUGCUGGCCCUCCUGCUGAUGGUGCUGAAUCGUCAGAGAAUCCGGAGUGCUUACAACUUGCCACACCGGACGUGCUCCACCUGCUCUAUGGAUUUCUUGACUUGGUUCUUCUGUCCGCCAUGCGCAGCCAUGCAGGAGGCAAUGCAGGUGGAAUUCAUCGACAGCGCCAUGGACGCCACUGUCCCAAACAUGAUGCAGAUGGGCCC